UUUAUAGACAAACAUAAAUAUAAAAAUGCUUUUAUUAAGCACUGCUGAGAUACAGCGUGAAUUUUACUAUCGUUUUAUUUUAAAUCAGGAAAAUGUUUACGGGUGAUUCUUCAGCGAGAAAGAAAUGGAGGAGAAAGUAAAUGGUGUGGAGAGUUGAUACAUGACAUCUGGAACUGACCCCCUGUGACCAUGGAUUUUGGCUUCAAACUUGCCUACCUGCCAGUGCACCACUGACCUUAUUCUGGAAAAAACAUGACCUUGUUUGCCUUUCAAAUGUAGCCAUUGUGCUUGUCAAGCAUGUAAUUAUAAUCAUGGAUGUAUGCUGGUCCACUCCUUGACCUAUGCGGUGCUUAGUAAAAACCUGUACUUCCCUUCAGCUUGGUUUGCUAUUGUUCACUAUAUCUUCCACUGAUGCCAUCCUGAAGCCAGCAGUCGGUGGCUCUCUAGGUCCUCUUUGGCCAUGCUCCACAAGAGAAGAUGUUUACUUAUUUGUGCCAUCUUGUUUAUUGCUUGGAACAUUCUACUUAUCUUUUUCCUCAUGGGACGGUCCUCUAGAUAUAAAGACCAAAAAUACAAUGAUGUCAUGACUGAAUUAAUGGAACUUGUUGAUAAAUUUGAGGAAGAAUUUGAGUCACAGAACAAAAUUCUUUUUGAAAUUGAGAGACACAGGUCACUCUUGGGUGAACGCAAACGCAAUGGCACCGCGGUAAAGUGGAAACCAAUUGUAAAAAAGCAACGGAGCGUGGUCAUUCCCAUCUUGGUCAUAGCAUGUAACCGGGUAACAGUAAAACGCUGCUUGGACAAACUCCUUGAGUACCGUCCUUCAGCUGAACAUUUUCCCAUUAUUGUAAGCCAGGAUUGUGGGCAUGCAGAGACCGCCAAUGUGAUUGCAUCGUAUGGCAGUAAAGUGACUCACAUUAAACAACCUGAUCUGUUGGAUAUCCCAGUGCCUCCAGCACACAGGAAGUUCCAGGGUUACUACAAAAUCUCCAGACACUACCGCUGGGCUCUGAACCAGGUGUUCCACACCUUUUCAUACUCAACUGUCAUUGUCGUGGAGGAUGACUUGGAGGUGGCUCCUGACUUCUUUGAGUACUUUAAAGCCCUAUACCCUAUACUGAAAUCCGACCCAACUCUUUGGUGUGUAUCUGCUUGGAAUGACAAUGGCAGAGAGGGAUAUGUUGAUCCUGGGAAAUCAAGCCUUUUAUACAGGACAGACUUUUUCCCAGGGCUUGGAUGGAUGCUGCUAAAAGAAGUCUGGCUUGAGCUUGAGCCUAAAUGGCCCGCUUCAUUUUGGGAUGACUGGAUGCGGCAUCCUGAUCAGCGCAAAGAAAGGUCUUGCAUUCGGCCAGAAAUCUCUAGAACGUUAACAUUUGGUCACAAGGGUGUGAGCUUGGGUCAGUUCUAUGAGAGGUACCUGCGCUUUAUUAAACUUAACACGCAAUUUGUGCCUUUUACAAAAACAGACCUGUCCUAUUUAGAGAAAAAGAAAUAUGAUGAGGCUUUUGAAAAGGAGGUAUACAGUGCUCCGUUAGUGACUGUGAAGGAGCUGCAGAGUGGCAGGCUGUCUGGGCCAGGCCCAUUUCGGGUACAGUACUCCAGUGCUGAGAGUUUUAAAGUACUGGCGAAAAACUUUGGAGUCAUGGAUGACUUGAAGUCUGGAGUACCACGUACAGGCUAUCGGGCCAUUGUUAGCUUCUUUUCUCGUGGAAAGCGGAUUUACAUAGCACCGCCCGUGGGCUGGACUAAGUAUAAUCCAAGCUGGAGUUGAAAAAUGCUGUGCCUAUCUCAAGUCUAAAAAUCCUCCAUAAUGUGAGUGUGAUUACAUGUACACCGGUGGUUCAGUCACUAUCAGAUUACUGCGGUUAUAUGAUUAUUCAAGUGCUUGUGUAAACACCAUAUUGAAAGAAACAAUGGUUUAAUAUGGUGCAAAUGUAUGUUUAUUUUACACCUUUUUAACCACACUUAAAAAAUCACAUAGCACACUACAUUUGGAAAUAUUGGUGUAUAUUUUUUGUAAAUAAAACAGCAGGUCUAAAACUUAAGCUACCAAUUAUAACUUGGAAAAGCUGAAGUUGACAGACGUGACACCAAAGAAAAUUGUAUUGUAGACUUCAUGCCUCAGGUCAAUGUUGAGUUUUUAAAAGAAGAGCCGGGAUGUCCCAAUCACACUUUUCUUUUCUUUUUUGAUUUGAGAGUUUGGGCUGAUUCUGAUAGUAAGCUAUCAUGUAAGAAAUUGUUAAGAAAGGUAAAGUAAUGAAUCUGAAUAGGUCAAAUCGAUUGAAUACAAAUUUAGAAUUUUAGUUUGAUGUUUGAUAUAAGAUCAGGAUCGGAUUAUGCCUAAAAAAGGAGCAAUACACACACACACACACACACACACACUAAUGAGCCAAAACAUUGGCACCACCUCUCAAAAUGUGCAUGACGAUGCCUGUUUUGUAAUGACUGUGCACGUGACAAUCAGGGAUUCAUAAAAUGUUGGGCUGAUGGCAGUUACUCUUAGUUCACAAGUUAAAUGCAGCAGAUAAGAUCAGACAUAAAGACCUGUGAAAUAGCUAGGGGUGCUUAAAGGCAGCUGUGGUGAGUAAACGCGCCGCAUCGAACCCUUGUGUUUUGUGAUACUGGUGAGUUACAGACCAAAGUGCCCAUGCUAAGUCCUGUCCAUAGUUGAAAGCAUCUACAAUGGCCAGAAAGGCAAAAUAACACACAUGGACAUUGAAGCAAUAGAAGAUGGUCAAAGCUCAGCGGUUAAGGAACUUGACUGGUGAUUGGGCUCCACCAUGCCAGGCUGCCACUGUUGGACUCCUGAACAAUGCACUUAAUCCUCAAUUGCUUGCAGUUGUAAGUGGCUUUGGAUUUAAGCAUGUGCUACAUGCUGUAAAUGUAAGGUGUGACUCUUGUACACAGUUGAAAGCACAUACAAUAGGCAUGAAGACAUUGUAACACACAUGGACAGUAGACCAAUGGAAGUUGGUGGUUAAUUCCUGAUUUCUCCAAGAUCAUGUGCAUAGUUGGGCACGUGUGCAUCAUUUACCCACAAAAGAGAUGGCACCAGCAUGUACUGUGGGAUCCGCCUACCCACAUACAUAAGUUAAAGGACCAGACUCCACAGGACUUUUGAAAAGAUCAUGUUUUGGUGGAUCAGAGCUGAUAUGAUAGCUUAUUGGGUGGGUGAUCCUAUUUUUUAUUGUUCUAUGUGUGUGUUUGUGUUUAUAAACAAAUAUAUUAGGUUUGUAACAGAAUGCUGCCAUCAUACAUGUGACUUACCUAAUUUAAUCAUAUCAGAUUAUAAUCAGAAACUUGAUGCAAACUUGAAAUUCUAUUCACCUGUCACUUUUAAAUUUUCUAUUUCAAGUGCCUUUAAACUUUUCUACUUUUUGUCAAAUUAUUAUAUGUGGAAUUCUUGUCAAGUGGUGGUGAAUGGUAUUUGUUUUUGGAAAAUUGUGUAGUUUUUAAAACAUGUUUGUUGAAGAGCAGUUAUUAGUUUUGAUCACACAAUUUAACAUUGUGUUGACCUUUAGGGGUUAAUUUGUGGGGGUAAAUAAAGCAAAUAUUUAAAUUCCUAACAUUUGUGGUUUAUUGUGUCUCAGACCAACAAUAAAGUGGCACAUUUUUUCUUUACUUUUGAAAAUACUAAUAAAACGUUUGAACAUUUAGAACAAA